GAGUAUCGGUUCGUGCGCGCCUCGAUCGUUAAGCAAGUACAGUGCACAACUCAAUUGUGGGGAAGCUGAACCUAAGUCCUGAACCACUACUUCGGUAUACUAUGAUAUUUUGCUGAUAUCCAGCUUCGCAUCAAUACCACCCAGACCACAGACCACCAGAACUAGCACAAUAACAACAGCACGCCCAUUUAGCUACUGACAUUUCACUAUGUCAGUACCACCAACACCAAGCAGACUAGCACGACCAGUUCCGUUCACUCCCAAACGGCCCCUCUCGUCAGCUUCAAUCGACGAUUCGACGCGCCUCUCACGGGCAACGACGCCAAGUGCACUCAACAGUACCAAGAAGUUCAAAGCCUCCAUUUCAAGCGAGUCCAGGACGCGUCUCAAUACGACUAACAUCAACAAACUGAAGACAUCUAGUCCUUCGUCGCCGAAGAAAUCUGUUUUCGAUGGGGUGAGGCCGAAGACACCUAGCACGCCCAAGAGAGAUCCUAGUCCAAUGGAUGGUCCUAUGUAUAGCGAGAUGGAUGUUAGUAGAAUUGACCCUGAAGAAGCCUUAGUCGACUUUGAGACUGUCGAACCUGGGGAUAUAUCAGGCGAGAUUGACGAGUCUCUGUUGAAGGAUUACGGGGCCGAGGAUAAGGUGCUCGUUUCAAUUAGGAUACGACCGGGUGAUGCUCCAUCAGUCUGGCAGCGCACUCACAAGAAUAUCAAACUUGACCCGCAAUGCGGAAAGUCGCCUCAAGAAUUUAUGUUCGAUGAGAUCCUCACCGGAUCAGAGAACAAACCGGUGUAUAACGCUGUUGCGCGCAGUCAUGUCUGUGCCGCUAUGGAAGGCUACAACGCCGUCAUCUUUGCCUAUGGUCAAACCGCUAGUGGCAAGACGUUUACGUUGAGCGGAGAUGAAGACCAACUCGGCAUUAUACCCCGGGCUAUGAAAGAUAUUUUCGCUUACAUCCGACGCACUCCAAAUAGAGAAUACCUCCUGCGUUGCUCCUACCUAGAGAUCUACAAUGAAAACAUCCAUGAUCUCCUUGCUCCUCACUCAACAAGUACAACUCAGCCAGUUCAAAUCCACGGAACAGGUCCCAAUGUCGUCCUCACGCCCCUCCGAGAGGAAGUCGUCACUAGCUUGAAGAGUGUACGAGAGGUCCUUGAUCGGGGUGAAGGUAAUCGCAGGACGGCCACUACGGAUUGGAACGAGAGGAGUUCGCGGAGCCAUAGUGUAUUUAGAGUUGUUAUUGAGAGUAGGGAGAGGGGUUCUGGAGGGAGUAGUCCGGACGGAAGGGCGACACCAAGUGGAAGGCAGACACCUGGGUUUAGGCCGCCUACGCCUGGCGGGUCCAGGCUUCAAGCUAGAGGUGGACGGAGUGUGCAAACGUCUGUACUGAGCUUGAUAGAUUUGGCUGGUUCCGAGAAAGCCACUUCCGACAAAGACAGGACACGUGAAGGCAAGUACAUCAACACCAGUCUCUUGACACUCGGAUCUGUGAUCGCAACUUUGGGUGAGAACUCUGCAAAGAACAAGAAUGACCAUGUACCCUUCCGGAACUCUAAACUCACGCGCAUGUUGCAACCCUCCCUGUCCGGUGACGCCCGAAUUUCCGUGAUUUGUACUAUCAACCCGAGCAAGGAUGCUAUUCCCGAAUCUACGAGUACCUUGCUCUUUGCUCAACGUAUCAAGAAGGUUCAGCUCCAUGCGAAGAAGAAAGAGGUCGUGGAUACGGAUGCGCUGCUUGAAAGAUACCGGAAGGAAAUCGAAGAGCUCAGACAACGACUCUCUGAACGUGAGGCAGAAGCUCCAGUUCGUUCUCGCAGGUUGUCUGCUCGUGAGCAACUUGACGAGUCAAGAGCCAUGCAUGAUCUUAAUGCCCGUAUCCGACAAUUGACCAAGUUGAUCCUGACAAGUCAGACGGUUGACGAGAACAAGGGAGAUGAAACUCGACCUUCGAGUCCUGCCAAGGUCGACUUUGAUAUGUCACCAUAUCAACUUCAACAGGAACUUUUGGCCGCGCGACGUGAGAUUGAAACGCAGUCAACACAGAUCCUCUCGCUCGAAGCAGCUAUAUUAGCUCGCCCUGUCCUACCUCCCGAUGCACCUGAGAGCGAGAAAGAUAAAUUGCUAGCGGAACAAACGAAGACCAUCAGGGAACUAGAGAUCGUCGUCAAAGGCUAUGAAGACAAUCUCGGUGAACCGUUGAGGAAGGUUCAAGAGGAUGUAGAGAGAGAAUGGGCUGUGAAGGUGGAGAGGGAGGUAAAGUUGAGGGAGGAGAAGGAAGCGUGGGCUGAUGAAUUAGUGAAGCAACUGGACAAAGAACGCAAGGCUCGUAUGAAGCUGGAGGAAGAACGACAAGCACUUGCUGCCUUCGUACAGAAAUUCGACGCCCUUGGCCUCGAGACGACUUUGCCAGUCCCACAAACGAAGCUGAACCCGCCUCUGCCCAUGCCUGGGGGCGCAGCUGCGGUUUUUGCUGAACGUCACAAACAUCGUAUUCAUCCCUUGGAUGCAAUUAUCGAGACCGAAUCUCCCAUUCGACUUGCACCCUUAUCGAUCGAACCCAGCUUACUUGAAGAGGAGUGGGAUGGUGUUGAAGACAUGAGUUUCGAGCUGGAGAAAGCGGGAAAGGUAAUGAAACUCGGAUCUCAGAGUCCUGUCCGGGAGGUCUUCGGGGACAAGGAGAACACUCCACCUUGACCACACUGAGGUCGAUUGUAUAAAUACCCAAGAAUUUUUCGGGUUUGGGUCGCAUACCCUCACUGCCUGUCGCAUGUUUCGCUAUGUCGUAUCGUUUCUUUUCUCGUAUUGCUUUGCUGCAUAUGUUCAUUUGUUGUAUUCACUUUGCGUAGCUCCAAGUUGUUUUCGGACUUUGAAAGUCUGAUACCAUCAUGCUACUGGAACAUAUUUCGGUUCCGGGUUGUAGCUGUGGAUAAGUACGGUGCCCAGUACAACUACUGACCUGAAGCAUACUUGGGAGAUAGAUAAUUGGGUGGUGGUGUGCGUCGAUCAUAAUGAAUUCGAACAUGACAAUGUACAAUUAAAGGUAGAACUUCAUUGUCACUAACGUUACUACGUGAACCUUCAGACCUCAAAGAUCGGCGUACUAAUGUACAUAUACUAUCUACUUUCAUUGUGGCGAUUAUGUCUCAGUUGAUGUCUUGGA